AUGAUCCGAAAUAUUGAGCCCAAACACUCCCUAAGAGACCAAGAUGAUGGGACGGACGACGACGAUUUGUUGAAGGCCUUGGAGAACGAAGACGACUCUGCAUAUCGAGCCCAACGUAUCGAACAACUCAACGCCGAGCUAGCAUCCGCCCAAAACAACCGGUCAGUGGCCCCUGGCCAGACCACAAUCACCCAAGAUAGCAUAUAUCCAACUCUUGAAAAUGACCAAAUAUUGCUCAGUUUCACAACGGAUACCCAUCGGUGCGUGAUCCAUUUUGCACACCCUGAUUUCUCACGCUGUGGCACCAUGGAUGAACAUAUGCGGGCUUUAGCAACACGGCAUUACGAUGUGCGCUUUGCCCGUGUCGAUGUUAGGGACAUUCCGUUCGUGGUGGAAAAGCUGAAGAUACGCGUUCUCCCUUGCGUGAUCGGGUUUAAAGAUGGGAUUGCUGCUGAGCGUGUGGUUGGCUUUGAAGGUCUUGCUUUGGGCGGGCGUGAUGGGACCGACAGCUUCAGCACGGCAACUCUUGAAAAGAGGCUAUUAUGGAAAGGAGUUCUAGUGCAGGCAAAGAUUAAAGAUGGUAAUGAUGAUUCCGAUAUGUCUGAUGCAGAUGACGAGGAUGAGGACGAUGGCAGACGACGAAUUCAUGGGGGAGGGGCCAUCCGCGGCGGGGGAGCACGGUACAACAGGGAUGAUCACGAUGACGAUUGGGAUUGA